AUGAGCAAAGUAAUUCAGCAGAUAUUUGAGGACUACAACAAGUCCAGGACGCAAUUCACGCAAAGCAUAUAUGACAUGUGUUUGAAGGCACACAACAUGGAACUAAUAAUUAGCACGGACAUUAUAAUUAUGAUUCGUCCCCUGAUCCUCGAUAAGGUCCCGAUAGUGCAGCAAAAUGCAACUCAGAUAUUAGGGAAAAUGGCUAGCCAUUCUGAGGAAGUAGCAUUGACCAUUUUACAAAAUGAUAUUUUACCACAUCUAGUAUACUGUUUAAAACAUGAAAAUAAAAAUUACAGAAAAAAUUCUGCUAACACAUUAAAAUGUCUGGCUAGCCAUAAUGCCAAGCUAGCUAAUUUGGUAGCAGAAGAAGAAAAUUGUAUAGAUAAUCUGUUAGACUCAUUAGACGAAUAUGACAUCAGAUUAAAGGACGCAUGUAUAAAUGCCCUGUGCGCAAUUGUGAAAAACGACAUCGAUUUGGCUAAUAUACUUGUGGGAAAAGGAAUAAUCCCGUUGGUGAUUUUGUCCUUACAAGAGAAGGAUACAUAUUUGGUGAGGAGUUCAUUAAAUAUAUUAACGGAGCUUUGUAAACACACAAAUGAAAUUGCAAAAGAGGUGGUCGAUAAUAAUGCUCUACCACAUCUUAUAAAAUUCUUAGACAACACAGAUGUACAAAUAAAACGUUAUGCAUGUAACUGCUUAGCUCAAAUAGCAAAACAUAAAGAAGAAUUAACAGAACUGAUAAUUGAAAAUGACAUGUUCCCUAAAAUCAUUUACUUACUAAAUGAUCCCGAUGAUGUGGUAAAAAAAAACUGCGCCAAUUGUUUAAAAGAAAUGAGCAAACAUAAUGAAGACAUAUGCAAAAUCAUUGUUCGUGCAGGUACUCUUCCUUUUAUAUGUGAAUGUAUUGAACAAUCAUCGCGCGGCACUGUUCAACUCCCCGCUGUCUUAUGUAUUGGUUUUAUUGCCUCCUUUUCUGAAUCCCUAAGUUUAAAUAUUAUUUUAGCAAAUGCUAUCCCUAUUUUAAAAAAGUAUUUAAUUGAAGAAACGGAAGACUACAUCAAAUCUGCAUGCGUCUGGACCCUAGGGAAUAUUGGCAAGCAUUCUUCCUCUCACGCUAAGAAGUUAUGUGAUGAAAAUCUUUUAAUAAUUUUUACCAAUUUGUACAAUGCAAAUGACUCCUCUGAUGAAUUGAAGAAGAGAGUCAAACUCGCUUUCAAAAGCGUCAUUCAGAAAGUCAUCGAUUUAGAGGCUUUAGAACCCGUUUUCCUAAAAGCCACGGCUAAGCUAGCCAAAUAUUGCAUCUGCCAAUUUGCAAAAAUUAUCCCAAAAAAUCCCACCUAUAAAAAGUCCUUCAUCAAAUCCGGAUGCCUCAAGUAUCUGCAGGAAAUGAAAAAUUCCGAGGAGGUAAAGAAAAUCGAAAUGGAAAUAAACACCAUCAACAAUUCCUUCCCGGAAGAUAUUAUUAAUUAUUAUACCCCUGGUUACUCAGAGACGUUAAUAAAAAGGAUUGACCAAGCGGGUAAAAUGUGA